GGUUGAGGAACCCAGACCCAUGAUGCGCGCACCUGCAGGACCCGAGUACAUUGGCCUGAGGCCAAGGUCCACCAUGCCUCUGCCACCCCUCAGCCUGUGGACACUGCCAAUGCUGUUGUUGCUGCUGCUGGGGGGUGUAUGGGUGGCUAUAGGCUCACCCUCGACUGGCAGGGGUCCACAACCUGCCUUCCGCACCUUUGUGACUGGUGACUGGAGCCUCACACACUUGGUGGUCCAUGAGCAAACAGGUGAGGUGUACGUGGGCGCAGUGAACCGCAUCUACAAGCUGUCGGGCAACCUGACACUGCUUCGGGCCCAUGUGACGGGCCCUGUGGAAGACAAUGAGAAAUGCUACCCACCCCCCAGCGUACAGUCAUGCCCGCAUGGUCUGGGCAGCACUGAUAAUGUCAACAAACUUCUGCUGUUGGACUAUGCCGCCAACCGCCUGCUGGCCUGUGGCAGCGCCUCACAGGGCAUCUGCCAGUUCCUGAGGCUGGAUGACCUCUUCAAGCUGGGAGAGCCACACCACCGCAAGGAGCACUACCUGUCCAGUGUUCGUGAAGCUGGCAGCAUGGCAGGUGUGCUCAUUGCUGGGCCGCCUGGCCAGGGCCAGGCCAAGCUCUUUGUGGGCACACCCAUCGAUGGCAAAUCUGAGUACUUUCCCACACUGUCCAGUCGCCGACUCAUGGCUAAUGAGGAGGACGCCGACAUGUUUGGCUUUGUGUACCAGGAUGAGUUUGUGUCAUCACAGCUCAAGAUCCCGUCGGAUACGUUGUCCAAGUUCCCAGCCUUUGACAUCUACUAUGUGUACAGCUUUCGCAGCGAGCAGUUUGUCUACUACCUCACCCUGCAGCUGGAUACACAGCUCACCUCACCUGAUGCUGCUGGUGAGCACUUCUUUACCUCCAAGAUCGUGCGGCUGUGUGUGGAUGACCCCAAGUUCUACUCAUACGUUGAGUUCCCCAUCGGCUGCCAGCAAGGUGGAGUGGAGUACCGCUUGGUGCAGGAUGCCUACCUGAGCCGGCCAGGCCGUGCCCUGGCCAACCAACUGGGCCUGGCCAAGGACGAGGAUGUGUUGUUCACCGUUUUUGCACAGGGCCAGAAGAACCGUGUGAAGCCACCCAAGGAGUCAGCACUGUGCCUGUUCACGCUGCGUGCUAUCAAGGAAAAGAUCAAGGAGCGCAUCCAGUCAUGCUACCGUGGUGAGGGCAAGCUCUCGCUGCCCUGGCUGCUCAACAAGGAGCUAGGCUGCAUCAACUCGCCCUUGCAGAUCGACGACGACUUCUGUGGGCAGGACUUCAACCAGCCACUGGGGGGCACGGUCACUAUCGAGGGCACACCUCUUUUUGUGGACAAGGAUGAUGGCCUGACUGCUGUGGCUGCCUAUGACUACCGGGGCCGCACUGUGGUGUUUGCUGGUACACGCAGUGGUCACAUUCGCAAGAUCCUGGUGGACCUCGCAAACCCUGGUGGCUGGCCAGCCCUGGCCUAUGAGAGCGUGGUGGCUCAGGAGGGCAGCCCCAUCCUGCGUGACCUUGUUCUUAGCCCUAACCACCAGUACCUCUACGCCAUGACAGAGAAGCAGGUAACGCGAGUGCCCGUGGAAAGCUGUGUGCAGUACACUUCCUGUGAGCUGUGCCUAGGGUCUCGGGACCCACAUUGUGGCUGGUGUGUCCUACACAGCAUUUGCUCAAGGCAGGAUGCCUGUGAGCGGGCGGACGAGCCCCAGCGUUUUGCCUCCGACCUGCUGCAAUGUGUGCAGUUGACUGUGCAGCCACGAAAUGUGUCAGUCACCAUGUCCCAGGUGCCGCUUGUGCUGCAGGCCUGGAACGUGCCUGACCUCUCAGCCGGUGUCAACUGUUCCUUUGAGGACUUCACGGAGUCUGAGAGCAUCCUGGAAGAUGGCCGCAUCCACUGCCGCUCUCCCUCUGCCCAGGAAGUGGCACCCAUUACACAGGGCCAAGGAGACCAGCGGGUGGUGAAGCUCUACCUCACAUCCAAGGAGACUGGGAAGAAGUUUGCAUCUGUGGACUUUGUCUUCUACAACUGCAGUGUCCACCAGUCCUGCCUGGCUUGCGUCAAUGGUUCCUUCCCCUGCCACUGGUGCAAAUACCGCCACGUGUGCACAAACAACGCUGCUGACUGUGCUUUUCUGGAAGGUCGUGUCAACGUGUCUGAGGAUUGCCCACAGAUCCUGCCCUCCACCCAUAUCUAUGUGCCAGUGGGUGUGGUGAAACCCAUCACCCUGGCUGCGAGGAACCUCCCACAGCCACAGUCAGGCCAGCGAGGCUAUGAAUGCCUUUUCCACAUUCCGGGCAGCCCGGCUCGAGUCACCGCCCUGCGCUUCAAUAGCUCCAGCCUACAGUGCCAGAACUCAUCGUACUCCUACGAGGGGAAUGAUGUCAGUGACCUGCCUGUAAAUCUGUCAGUCGUGUGGAAUGGCAACUUCGUCAUUGACAACCCUCAGAAUAUACAGGCCCACCUCUACAAAUGCCCAGCCAUGCGCCAGAGCUGCGGCCUCUGCCUCAAAGCUGACCCACACUUCGAGUGUGGCUGGUGUGUGGCUGAGCGCCGCUGUUCUCUGCGCCAUCACUGCCCAGCUGACACACCUGCCUCCUGGAUGCAUGCACGACAUGGCAGCAGCCGCUGCACAGACCCCAAGAUCCUCAAGCUGUUCCCAGAGACAGGCCCCAGGCAGGGAGGGACUCGGCUCACCAUCACCGGCGAGAACUUGGGCCUCCGGUUUGAGGAUGUGCGUCUGGGUGUGCGAGUGGGCAAGGUGCUGUGCAGCCCUGUGGAGAGCGAGUACAUCAGCGCUGAACAGAUUGUCUGUGAGAUCGGGGAUGCCAGCACACAGCGGACCCAUGAUGCCCUGGUGGAAGUGUGUGUGCGUGACUGCACCCCCCACUAUCGAGCCCUGUCUCCCAAGCGCUUCACUUUUGUGACACCAACCUUCUACCGUGUGAGCCCCUCCCGGGGGCCUUUGUCCGGGGGCACCUGGAUUGGCAUUGAGGGAAGCCAUCUGAAUGCAGGCAGUGAUGUGGCUGUGUCCAUCGGAGGCCGUUCCUGCUCCUUCUCCUGGAGGACCUCUCGAGAGAUCCGCUGUCUGACACCCCCAGGGCAGACCCCUGGCAGCACCCCCAUUGUCAUCAACAUCAACCGUGCCCAACUCUCCAACCCUGAGGUGAAGUACAACUACACUGAAGACCCUACCAUCCUGAGAAUCGAUCCCGAGUGGAGCAUCAACAGUGGUGGGACCCUCCUAACAGUCACAGGCACCAAUCUGGCCACCGUCCGUGAACCUCGAAUCCGGGCCAAGUAUGGCGGCAUUGAGAGGAAGAAUAGCUGCAUGGUAUACAACGAUACCACCAUGGUGUGCCGGGCACCGUCCAUAGACAACCCAACGCGCAGCCCACCAGAGCUAGGGGAACGGCCGGACGAGCUGGGUUUCAUUAUGGAUAAUGUGCGCACACUGCUGGUGCUCAACGGCUCCUCCUUCCUGUACUAUCCCGACCCUGUGCUGGAGCCACUGAGUCCCACCGGGCUCCUAGAGCUGAAGCCCAGCUCUCCACUCAUCCUCAAGGGCCGCAAUCUUCUGCCACCUGCACCUGGCAACUCACGGCUCAACUACACAGUGCUCAUUGGCUCCACACCCUGCAUCCUUACAGUAUCUGAGACGCAGCUACUAUGUGAAGCGCCCAACCUCACAGGACAGCACAAAAUCACGGUACGGGCAGGUGGCUUUGAGUUCUCACCAGGGAUGCUGCAGGUAUACUCAGACAGCCUGCUGACAUUGCCAGCCAUUGUGGGCAUCGGUGGGGGUGGUGGCCUCCUGCUGCUGGUCAUUGUGGCUGUACUCAUCGCCUACAAGCGCAAGUCCCGGGAUGCCGACCGCACCCUGAAGCGACUGCAGCUGCAGAUGGACAACCUGGAGUCCCGAGUGGCCCUUGAGUGCAAGGAAGCUUUUGCAGAGCUACAGACAGAUAUCCAUGAACUGACCAGUGACCUGGAUGGCGCAGGCAUCCCGUUCCUCGACUACCGCACGUACGCCAUGCGAGUACUGUUCCCUGGGAUUGAAGACCACCCUGUACUCAAAGAGAUGGAGGUACAGGCCAAUGUUGAGAAGUCUCUGACACUGUUUGGACAACUGCUGACCAAGAAGCACUUCUUGCUGACCUUUAUCCGCACACUGGAGGCCCAGCGCAGCUUCUCCAUGCGUGACCGUGGGAAUGUGGCCUCGCUCAUCAUGACGGCCCUGCAGGGCGAGAUGGAGUAUGCCACAGGCGUGCUCAAACAGCUGCUGUCUGACCUCAUUGAGAAGAACCUGGAGAGCAAAAACCAUCCCAAGCUGCUGCUGCGGAGGACUGAAUCGGUAGCAGAGAAGAUGCUGACCAACUGGUUCACAUUCCUUCUAUACAAGUUCCUCAAGGAGUGUGCUGGGGAGCCUCUUUUCAUGCUGUACUGCGCCAUCAAGCAGCAGAUGGAGAAAGGCCCCAUUGAUGCCAUCACGGGGGAGGCUCGGUACUCCCUGAGCGAGGACAAGCUCAUCAGGCAACAGAUUGACUACAAGACACUGACCCUGAACUGCGUGAACCCUGAGAAUGAGAACGCACCUGAGGUACCUGUGAAGGGGCUGAACUGUGAUACUGUGACACAAGUCAAGGAGAAGCUGCUGGAUGCUGUGUACAAGGGUGUGCCCUACUCACAGCGACCCAAGGCUGGAGACAUGGACCUGGAGUGGCGCCAAGGCCGCAUGGCACGCAUCAUCCUUCAAGACGAGGACGUCACCACCAAGAUCGACAAUGACUGGAAGAGGUUGAACACACUGGCCCACUAUCAGGUGACAGAUGGGUCAUCAGUGGCACUAGUGCCCAAGCAGACAUCUGCCUACAACAUCUCCAAUUCCUCCACCUUCACCAAGUCCCUCAGCAGAUACGAGAGCAUGCUGCGCACAGCCAGCAGCCCCGACAGUCUGCGCUCACGAACACCCAUGAUCACACCUGACCUGGAGAGCGGCACCAAGCUGUGGCACCUUGUGAAAAAUCAUGACCACCUGGACCAGCGGGAGGGCGACCGUGGCAGCAAGAUGGUCUCAGAGAUCUACCUGACACGGCUGCUGGCCACCAAGGGCACACUUCAGAAGUUUGUGGAUGAUCUCUUUGAGACCAUCUUUAGCACAGCACACCGUGGCUCAGCCCUGCCUCUAGCUAUCAAGUACAUGUUUGACUUCCUGGAUGAACAAGCUGACAAGCACCAGAUCCAUGACUCUGAUGUGCGCCACACCUGGAAAAGCAACUGCCUGCCACUGCGCUUCUGGGUGAACGUGAUUAAGAACCCACAGUUUGUGUUCGACAUCCACAAGAACAGCAUCACAGAUGCCUGUCUGUCAGUGGUAGCACAGACUUUCAUGGACUCCUGCUCCACCUCGGAGCAUAAGCUGGGCAAAGACUCACCCUCCAACAAGCUGCUCUAUGCUAAGGACAUCCCCAACUACAAGAGCUGGGUAGAGAGGUACUAUGCUGAUAUCGCCAAGAUGCCCGCCAUCAGUGACCAAGAUAUGAGUGCCUACCUGGCUGAGCAAUCCCGGCUACACUUGAGCCAGUUCAAUAGUAUGAGUGCUCUGCAUGAGAUCUACUCGUACAUUGCCAAGUACAAGGAUGAGAUCCUGGUGGCGCUGGAAAAGGAUGAACAGGCUCGGAGGCAACGGCUACGGAGCAAGCUGGAGCAAGUGGUGGACACUAUGGCCCUGAGCAGCUGAGCCCUAGCGAUGACCACCCAGCAGGAGGCAGAGCAGGAAAGCAGCAGAGGGGGACCCAGGAGACAGCCCUUGGCCACCUGUGUAGAGUGCCAGGUUCAGAGGCUGCAGUUGGGGUCUUGGCCCUUACCUUCCUCUCCCUGCCAUGUGGGGCAAGUUUUUAUCACUGUGGAUGUGACGGUUCCUGCUGAGCCACUUCUGCCUAGGGCUUGCUACCCUGGCAUGAAGAGAGCUCAGCAUUGCCCGCCCUGCCCAGGGAUAUUUGCUGCUUGACAAAAGCUGCUGGUGGCCUUCAUGGGAGAAAGGUGGCCUCUGAGGGACUGAGAUCGAAGGCCAGGCCCUUCAGAUGGAGGGGCAUCAGGACAAGAGACUAGAUGUGUCUGAAGCUCCCAGCUUCCCAGCUGCUACCAGCAAGAAGAGUCUGAGGGUCUUGGCCCAGUUGCCAGCCUGAGGGAAAGGUGAAAUGCCCAGGCUGGGCCAAACGAGCCACAGUCUGGGGCUAUCUUACUAGCCUGCAUUCCAGCACCCUGGGCUAGCCACUACCCUCAGAUUCACCGCGUGCUCUGCACGGCCUGGACCGGAGUACCAUGUCCCCCUGCCGGGGAGAGGUCCCAUUCCCCUCCUAUGGAGGGGCUGUAGACUCCACUCCCAAGUGACAUGAUGCGGCUAAGUGAACCCCUCUCUGUCCUCAGGGCUGUGCCUCUGUGAGCCUCUGGGCCUGGGGCUCUGGUCAGAGCGCAUGUUCACAUUAUUUAUUCCCCACCUCCUGCUCCUGGAGCAACCUACCAUGGAGCUUUAGAGGGCAACAGGUUACUGUGCCCACCGUCCUCUGUCUUCCCUGCCCCUAACCCCCCCGCCCUACGGCUUCCAAUCUGGCAUCUCAGCAGUGUCCUGGCCCCUCCAGAGCAGUGGAACCUCUGGGGACUGCUUUUAAGGGAACAAGAAAUCCUGCUGCAUUGCCUGGAAGGCGGGGCAAGGCCCCUUUGCCACCCCACUGACCUCGAGCAGUGACCUAAGAGAUAGGAGGUCAGCUGCAUCCACCCUUGCCCUCAGUGAGCAACAGAACACAUUUUUAAUGGACUUUGUACAUAUAUAUGUACGUGUGUGUAUGUAUAUAUAUAUGUAUAUAUAUAUAUAUAUAUGUAUGUAUGUGUGGCCCCAACCCCAGUGGGGUGCUGUACAGUUACUCAAGGGAGGAGACAAGGGAAGGCAAUUCAGGAGAAACCCAGGUGGCAGAGAACAAAGCCAAGGGUCCUGGAGCCAUGACCCAGCUGCAGCCUCUGCUUCCCAUGGACCAGUGAAGCUACUGCCGGAGCUUCAAGGUACCCUGAGCUCCUGGGUACUCCGAGUUCCUGGGUGCAGAGGCUGUGGAUCUGCAUGACUGUGCUAGCGUUUAGUCUGAGUUGAUCUUUUCAAACUGCAAGUGUUGAAUAUAGAGGUGGUUAGAUCCUUUUUUAUGUUUUUUUAAAAAAAUUACUCAUUUGGGAAAAAAAUGAGCGGCCCAUCCCCUUUUCAAGUUCACUUUUUCGAUGGUACUAAAGAUUCUAACGGAUUUUAAGGGACAGCUAACUGUGGCCAGGCCCAGCCUCGGCUCUGGGGGCAGCAUACCCCCAUGCCCACAGACUGCCAGCCUUGAGGUCCCUCCCCUCCAAGCAGCAGGAGUCAGAUGAGACAAGGUGGAAGUCAGAUUAGAGCUGCACCUUUAAGUCACUGUGGGGCUGGUGUAUAGACUCAGGGAGCUCCUCCCCUGUGGGUGCCAGGGGAGCCUAGGCACCCUGGGCCUUGAACACUGGCCAGCCCCAACCUCGCCUGUGUGACUCACUCCUUGGCCUGACAUGGGUCAAAGCCAAGGCCAGCCAGUCUGAACAGAGCCGUUUCUCAGUAGUCCUUAGUGUUGCCUGGGAUUCUUACCCUUGAGUAUAAACCUCCCUCCCUUUUGCCUCCAGUCUGUGCCUGGGUGGGAGCCUCAGUUUUCCCCAAAGUCUUCCCUGGAUGCUGGCUUCAGAUGGAAGCCUCCAGUUCUUCCAGUUCCGCCUGGACCAUGCACAGCUUCUCGGCUCGACUGCCUCCACAGUCCAGCCCUACCACUCUACUGGAGGCCCUCAGGCUUCCUCAGAGUAAGCCAGUCUUGCUCUACCCUACCAGGCUGCCUCUCCCAUGUGGGUGCCUCAGGUAGAUAGAUGGUGAGGUGACCUGUAGCAGCCUCCACAGGGCGUCUGUUCGCAAGCACUUUAGCAUAUCUGUUUACAUGCGAGCUGAUCUAGCUGUUCUACUCAGUACAGUGGGCAGAGCCAAGUGUCACCUCCCUGCCAGUCCUGAUUGGGCUCCGACUAAUGCUUGUCCUUGGUCCUUGGUGGUCUCUGUGGCUUCCUGCCAGGGGCUCCACUCCAGCCUCUUCAUAUGGCCUGGGGUUGGAGCCCACUUGGGAACUGGGUGGUAAGAUACUCUGGGCCACCUCUGCUGUCCUUUGCCCAGGGAGUUGGCCAAGCAGCAUUCUAGCCAGCCUGGCUCGUGUAACACUUGGUACUGCUGUCCUGCUGUAGGCCCUGUCCCUGAAGCCCUUUUCACCUGCCUUUUAUUUCCCUUCCUUGCACCCAGACUCAGGAGUGCCUGGGACAUUUCACGCUGGGCCUGGAUGCCUGGCCUUCAUAGGCCUCAGGCUUACCCCUACACUUGCUAGUCACCCAGCCCUCUUAUGAUGGGUGGGCAGGGAUGAGGGCCCUGGUGUGCACCUAAGAGGUACAGCAUUGUGUCCCAGGCACGGGCCAGCAGCCUCUGUUGGCAGAGGGGCCCGGCUGCCACCCCAACUCCGAUUUCCCCAGUUUGGAUCUGGUGGCUCACAUCGGUGCUACACAUGCUAGAGUAGAUAUAUUUAGAGAGAGAUAUUUUUAAGAUGAAGCUCACAAUUAGCUGUCCUUUAAUGCCGCAGAACACCCCCCCUCAAAUAGAAGUGGUCACUUGGUCUGAGCUGACCAGGCCUCAGCCAUCGCUCCUCUGGAAGCGUUAGAGCUGAUGCUCAGCCCUCAGAUGUGUAAAUAUACGGCUAUUUCCUAUUUUACGGUUCUUCAGAUUUAGUACUUGUAAAUAAACACACAUUAAGGAGAGAUUAAACAUUUUUGCU